AUUUAUAUCGCCUGAUCAUAAACCUAAAGCUAUUUUUACUCUUAAGUGUAAAUAACAUAAACUAUACAACCUUAUUGUAAAUAAAUUGCACUAUACACUAAACAGGAAAAUACUCCGACGAGGAAGCUAAAACGAAGAUUAUAUCUUUCUUAUAUCAACAUGAGAAAAGCUUCACCGACUUGUACGUUCGUAUUUUUUGUCGGUUGUUUAAUUAAUCAAGACCUGGUAGUGGGGGAAGAUCUGUCAGAUUACCUGUGGGAACAGACAAAGGUUGAACGACAGGAUGCGCUGGAUUCGGUCUUCGUCCAGGAAAUUAAAAACGUCUCAUUGGAUCCAGUUCAAUUUGGAGCUUACCUUGUCCAAGAUGCUAUUUACCUUUACUCAGCAAAGAGAAGUAUGGACAUAGCCGCCAGCAGGACAAAUGAUGUCACACUGAAAACAUUCUUACAAGAAUAUGCUAUCAAACGUUACACAAGUCUUUACACAAAUGCUUUAAAAGACUGGCACAUAGAUGAUCCAAGUGCUAUCUCUCUUGGAAAUGGCUGCGAAAAUUAUGUAAAUCACCUACUGGCCGUUGCUGAAACUAUGGAUCCUAUUUAUCUAGUAGUCGCCAAUAUACCAUGCGAAAGACUCUGGCCUUGGAUUGGUGAGCAAGUCGGUGUUGGUUCGGAAGAUUUUGGCAUUUAUAAUAAAUGGGUGAAUGAAAACUGGGACCCAAAAAUCGACGUUCACCUUGAAUUUGAACAAGUUAUGAACGACGCUCAUGCUGAGGGUAAAAUAGAUAAAGACAAGGCACUGAAAGUCUAUAAAGAGAGCAUGAAAGGAGAAGUGGAAUUCUUUAAUUCCGUAUUGGCUCCUGCUGUACAGUUACAGGGUGCACGUGAUGAAUUAUAAAAGAAUAAUGGAUCAGUACAAACAUACAAAAAUGAGCCGCGCCAUGAGAAAUCCAACAUAGUGGCUCUGCGACCAUGUUUAUUAUUCGCUUACAGUUUCUCUAAUUGCAAUAGGCUUUGAAAGCGAACAGCAUGGAUCCUGGUCUGGAUCCAUGCUGGUCGCAAAGCCACUAUGUUGGUUUCCCCAUGGUACGGCUCAAAUGUUUUUAUGUUGAUACAGAUUAAAUAAAUUCUGUUGAUUUGUGCAGUCAGACAGUAUAGAAACAAGUUAAAUGAAAAAAGAAUGUCCUAAAUGUCUUCAUUAAAAAGCAUUUCAGAUGAAAACCAGUAUGAUGUCUUUAUAUCAGUUUUCUCUAUGUGUUAUUCCUUGGAGUCUGCAAAAAUAAAGACACUUUUCAAGAUUUAUUCAAUAUGAUAUCUAGAUUGAAGUAUAGAAGGGAAUAGGAUUUGUCUAAAAUCAUUUGGAUAUAAUGAUUAAACAUAUUUAAGAUAUUGGAAUUGUUCAACUCGAAACCAGUAAUUUUAUUAAUAAGACGUUAACACUUGAAGAUAUAUGGUAAUACAUGUAUAUAGUUAUAUAUAACUUAUAAAUAAAUAUUUAAAAAAAUAAUAA